AUGGACUUGUCGGUAAGCUCGAUUUUGUCGCAUAUGCCAGACAAAAUACGACGUCGUAUACGACAAAAGUCGGAUGAGGAGUUCAAAAGUGAGGAGCUGAUUCUAAAAGAGCGUGUUCAGAUGUUCGAUGCCCGGUUUCGGAAUUUACGCGAACGAAAAGCAGCCAAGCCUACAUUGAAAGGCAAAAUCUACAAUUUUUUGGAGCGGCCGACCGGUUGGAAGUGCUUUAUCUACCAUUUUAGGUAAGAGAUUUUAAUUUUUUAAUGGAAUUUAGGUAUAUAUUUAUUACAGGUUUGAAAGGGAGGCUAGGACUAGGGCUAAGGCUAAGGCUGAGGCUGAGGCUGAGGCUGAGGCUGAGGCUGAGGCUAAGACUAAGGCUGAGGCUGGGGCUGGGGCUGGGGCUGAGGCUAAGGCUGAGGCUGAAGCUGAGGCUAAGGCUAAGGCUAAGGUUAAGGCUGGGGCCGGGCUGCUUUAAAGCAAAUUUAAAAGUACCCUAGCCGGGGACAUGUAGACCCAAGGGCCGGGGCCCAAACUACGGACUGUAAGCUGGGCCCAAAAAAGAUUUGAAUUAUCUUGAUCUUAGGCCGGGCUGGCCCAAAACAAAAUUGAACAGGGCCGGGCACAUGUAUAGGUUCAAAGGCCAGAUCCCAAACCUGUUUUGCUCGUGGGCUGGGUUGAAAAAAGGCUAGCCAUAAAUUUUUAAAAUUUGAAAAAGGUCACUAUUAUAUAAGCUCAAAUAGACUAGAAAACGAUUUUCUGAAUCAAUGUGGGAAUUCAAAGAGAAUUACUUUUCAGUGUGUUCACAUUGGUAUUGUUAUGCCUCAUCCUCAGUGUGUUAUCAACAGUCGAAUCGUAUACAAAACGUGCUGCUGAGGUGCUAUUUUUCAUGGUGAGUUCUUUUCUUUUAAUUUGAAUAUUUGUAAGAUUAGAGAAGGCUGGUAAUGGUAAGCUGGAUUAGUACACGUGGACGUUUAGGUAUGACAUUAGAUAGGAAGUGAUCAAGGAAGGUCGCAUAGUAAGAGUAGAGACUGAUUGUGAGGUUGAGGUAAGUGUAGACAAUAGGGCAGAGGCCAGGACUAAAGCUAGGGCCGGAAUUAGGGCGCGGAUUAAAUUUAAGGUUAGGGUUCUGGACUAGGACUUUGGGUUAGGGCUCUGGGUUAGGGCUGUAGACUAGGGCUUUAGGCAAGAGCUCUGGGCUAGGACUCUGGACUAGGGCUAAGACUAGGGCAAAAGCCAGGGUUUUAGGCUGGGCUAGGGCUCUGGACUAGGGCUCUCGGCUAGGGUUCUGGGCUAGGGCUUUGAGAUAAGGUUUUGGACUAGGCUUCUGGGCUCUGAGCUGGGUCUUUUGGUUAAGGUUGAGGGUAAGACUAGUAAAGAGAACAUUAAUUUUUGUUAUUUCAGGAAAUUUUUCUUGUUGUAUUCUUUGGCCUAGAAUACUGUAUUCGACUGUGGUCAGCGGGUUGUCGUUCAAAAUACCUCGGCUUCUUUGGUCGGCUAAAAUUUGCCAAAAAACCUAUUUCUAUAAUUGGUAAGCGUUUUAUAUCUUUUUAAAAAAAUGAACUCUACUUAACGUAUUUUACAAUAAGCAAAUAAUGCAUUUUUAAAUUUUGUGAAAGAGUAUUAUGAUUUCAAUUUUUUAGACUUAUGUGUGGUAAUAGCAAGCAUAGUAGUGAUAGGCGUUGGAAGCGAAGGAAAAGUGUUUGCCACAAGUGCUAUACGGUAAGUUUUUAGUCUAUUGUAAUUUUUUAACAAGUUGUUUUUGUUUUAAAAGGCUAGGAUUAAGUAUCAGGCUCAGGUUCAAACUUAGAUUCAGGUUAAUGUUCAAGCCCAGGCUUAGGCUUGGUUUUAGGUUUAUGCUAAAGCUAAGGCUAAGGCUCAGGCUUGUGCUCAGACUCAAGCUAUAGCUAAGGCUAAGACUCCGGCUUAGGCUCAGGCUCAGACUUAGGUUUAGGCUUAGGCUUAAGCUUAGGCUUAGGCUUACGCUGAGGCUUAGGAUUAGGAUUAGGCCUAGGCUUAGGUUCAGACUCAGGCUCAAGCUCAGGUUUAAGAUAAAGAUCAAAUCUAAACUUUAACUUAAGCUUCAGCUCAAGUUCAACUUCAAGCUUAAGCUCAGGUUCAGGCUCAGGCUUAAAGGACCAGUUCGCCCAUUCAAAUAUCAUUGGCAUUCUGUCGCAAAAAUUCGACGUUCAUUUUUUUCGCAAAAAACCUGAGCAGGUCGGUCCCAAAUUGAAAAAUUCAUUUCGACACCGACCCACUCACGUUUUUUGAGAAAAAUGAUUUUGAUUGAAAUUGCCUGAUUUUCGACGCUUUUUGCGACAGAAUGCCAAUGAUAUUUCAAUGGGCGAACUGGUCCUUUAAGCUCAGACUUAGGCUUAGUCUCGUAAUGAGGCUGAAGCUAAAGCUAAGAAUAUUCAAUUUUUUGUUCUAGUUGAGGCCAUAACCAGUUUAAAAACUUUAAUGUAUUUGCGGAAUCGAUCUUUUUCGGAUUUUUGACUUUUUUAAUCAGUCAUAACUUUUUUUAAAAAGUAGGUAACAACUUGAAAUUUGUGAAUUACAUACACCAUUUAAUGCUUUACGUAACCCAUUUUACCAUUUUAGCAAACACUUUGUUAAUUUUUAAAGCUAACCAUUUUAGUGGCGUCCGCUUUCUUCAAAUCCUACGUAUGUUACAUGUGGAUCGUCAAGGUGGUACAUGGCGUCUACUAGGCUCAGUCGUCUUUAUACAUCGUCAAGAGCUUAUAACAACAUUAUACAUAGGUUUCUUGGGGCUUAUAUUCUCAUCGUACUUUGUUUACUUGGCGGAGAAGGAUACUGUAGGGCCGGAUGGGAAGGUUCAUUUCACUAGCUACGCAGACGCUUUGUGGUGGGGCGUGGUAGGUUUCUGGGGGAUGUGUAUGGGGUUUCAAUGUCUGUUUGUUUGCUGAUUUACAAGAAAGCGUUUUUUAAGGUUACUGUACAAUAAAAUACGAUACAGUAAGCUAACUUUUUUACUUUGAAAUGCCGUUUUUUAUUAGAGGUGCAAAGUUUAAAAACUAAAACGUAAAAUUCUGAUUUAAAAUGCCAUUAUUUGUGUUAAAGUUCGAAAUGACAUUUUUUGCAUUUUUUAUUUAAAAAUGACGUUUUUAACCAAAAAGUUUAGAUAACAAUGACCACCAUUGGGUAUGGUGAUGUUGUACCACAGACAUGGAUUGGCAGGAUUGUCGCUUCUUGUUUUGCCAUUUUUGCCAUUUCUUUCUUUGCUUUACCUGCGGUGAGUUUAAAGUCUAAAAUAGUAUGACUAGAGGUUCCCAGAGGCAAGAGAGGUAACAUAUAAGUGUAAGUCGAUGCUAAUAUAGUAAACAGAGAAUGGGCAGGGCUAAGGCAAGAUAAAAAUGAACGGAGAGCUAGUCAAAGGUUGAAUAGGGCAAGAAAAGUCACAGAAGGCUAGGCUAUGGUAAAAAGGUUGAUAAACUAAUUAUGAAUUAUAGAAAAGUUUACAAUACCUUAAACUUACAGUAAGGAAAGAACUAGAAGGGUACUAGGGGAAGAGUUGGGUAGGGUUAGGUAGAACUUGUAGGGUCCGGCUAUAGUACGAUAAUAUCAAGCGGGACAAAGAAAAGCAGGAUAGUUUCCGAAAGGGUAGUGUAAAGAAGAAAAAGAGGACGACAGGAUAAGAACAGGGUACGGUAGGACAAGACAGGACAGAGUAAGGUAGAGUAUAGUAAGAUAGGGUGGGGUAAGGUCGGAAUGCAGAAAAUAAAGUUGGGUAGGGCACGAUACGGUAAGACAGAGUAGGGUAGGGUAGGGUAGGGUAGGGUAGGAUAGGGUAGGGUAAGGUAGGGUAGGGUAGGGUAGGGUAGGGUAGGGUAGGGUAGGGUAGGGUAGGGUAGGGUAGGGUAGGGUAGGGUAGGGUAGGGUAGGGUAAGGUAGGGUAGGGUAGGGUAGGGUAUCACAAACUAUUUUUUAUUUUUUUCUUAUUUUCAGGGUAUUCUAGGCUCAGGCUUUGCCUUAAAGGUGCAACAAAAGCAGCGUCAGAAGCAUUUCAAUCGCCAAAUCCCAGCCGCUGCCACUCUAAUCCAAUGUAUGUGGCGAUGCUACGCCGCUGAUAAACACAGUAAGUCCGUAGCCACAUGGAGAAUUCAUGUGGAUCCAAACGCAAAUCGAAAGAAAGAGGAAAAGGAAGCUACUCCUCCUCAACCGACUGGUAAUAUGAAGGGACAGGUGUUUCAGCGGGGUACUAAGAAGACCAACUCUGUGGCUGCUAUGUGGAAGUCUAAGGCCGCUUUUCAAAAGUAAGUUGAGACUUCGAAAAAAUUUAAAUUUGGGUGGGGGGGGGGGAAGGGUUUUAGAAUUCAAGUUUUAGGUAAAAAUUUAGGUAGGGCAGGGUAAAAUCUCAAAAAAAAGACAAGGGAAGGGAUGAAGUUGAGGGAGUUAGUUUUGUGACAAAAAAUUGGCAGGAGGAAGGCGAGGGUGGGGCAGGGUAAAGCGAAAGGAUGGGUAAGGUAAAGUGAAAAACAAGGUGGGUGUUAUCAAACGGAAAAAAAUUGGAGGGGGAGUAGGGUUGGACAUUUACCGGUAAAUUGAUUUUUCGGUAAAAAUUUUACCGGUUUUUACCGGUAAAUUUACCGGGCUAUUAUUUGGUAUUUAAAAACUUUAAAAUGUCAUUAAAACGUUUAAUAAGCGUUUUAAAACAACAAAGACAAUAAAAUAGUAAGUAUUUCACUCUUUUACUUUAAAAAACAACUUAUAAGUCCAAUAGCAUUGUCGACUUCUUUUUCCCUACCGGUAUAUGUUAUGUUGACGUAGCUAGUCAUAGAUGAUUGGAUGAUCAUUGUCGACUAGACUCUGCUUGGUUCGAUGGAAUCUUUUGUUUUCCGCAUUUUUGCUCAUAUAAUUGCACGACCUGUUCUUGAUCAUUUGAAGAUAUUUUAGUGCAAUUGUUUCGCUAAAUAAUCACAGACCUAUACAUAAAGUAUCAAAAAUCAACAAGAAAGUUUAAAAAUUGAAUUUUUCGUCCUUGUGAGUUGUUGGCAGAAGAUGUUGGUACAGUCUUGUAAGGUUACUGACGUAUUUUGCACCACAAUAAUUGCAAAAGUAGUCAUUAUUUGUUCUUUUGUAACGGUCUGUGAUAUUUUUCAACAUAUUUCGUCAAAAUAUUGCUAAUUUUCCAAAAGAAAAACAAAUUUUGAAACAAAAAUAAUUUUCGUGCUAGGACACAAAACACUUUUUUACCGGUAAAAAACCGAAAUUUUCGGUAAAUUACCGGUAAAAUUACCGGUAAAUUUACCGGUAAAUGUCCAACUCUAAGGGGAGGGGUCAAAUAGGAUGAAAAAAGGGGCAGGUGUUAAAAAUAAGAAAAAUUUCUAAGGGUAGGGUGUUGUAUAAAAAGGGAGAGGAGAGGGCAAAAAAUAAAAAAAAUAAAGGGAGGGGUAGGGUAGAGCGAAAAAGGGGUAGAUGGUAAAAAAUAAAAAAGUUUUGAAUGGGGUACGGUAGGGUUGGGUAGGGUAGAGUGAAAAAGAGAAGUGGGUUUUAAAAAAAUUUGGAGAAAGGGUAGGGCAAAAAAGAAGGGAUGGGCUCUAAAAAAUUUUAAAAAAUUAGGUAAAGAUGGAGGGGGGGGGGAGGACGAGGAGAUGGAAAAUUGGAAGGAGGAGAAUGGGAAAGGUGGGUUAACAAAAAUAUAUUUAAUAAAAGUUUGUUUUUGAAAAUAGGUGGAGGUGCCAAAAAAUGAAAAAAAAAUUUUCUAGGGGUCGACUACGCUCAGCUGGCUCAGCAGAAGAACCAAAGCUUAAAGAAAGUGAUGGAGAAUGCGAGAAUUCUGAUUCUCCGCCGAAUCGGCGUAAGUUUAUUUAAAAUUUUAUCAAAAAAGUUAUUAUAUUAGCCUGUGUAAAGAAAGUUUUUGCUAUUUUUGUGUUCUAACCAAAUUUUUAGUCGUUUUAUAGUACGUAAAGAAAGUUCUUGUCAUUUUUUGUUUUGUAAAAAAAGUUUUUUCUAUUUAAUUUUAUAUUGUAGUACAUGGCUGUAACCCUCGCAAGAAGUCAUCGUUAUUCGAUUCGAAGAGCGAAGAUGCAGAUAACAAUGAUGAUGAAGGUUCUCCACUGGUCAAGGUGGCUCACAUUUGUGAACUGACCGACGUUCACAAGAAUGCGAUCAGAGCAAUUCGAAAAAUUAAAUAUUUUGUGGCCAGAAGGAAGUUCGGCCGCGCUAGAAAGCCAUACGACGUUAGAGAUGUGAUAGAACAAUAUAGUCAAGGGCAUGCCGAGCUGUUUGUCAGGAUCAAGGGACUGCAACGAAGGUAAGUAACCCCUACCCUACCCUACCCUACCCUACUCUACCCUACCCUACUAGCUCUCCUGGUCCUGGUCCUGAUCUUGGUCUUGGUCCUGGUCUUGGUCCUGGUCCUAGUCUUGGUCUUGGUUUUGGUCCUGGUUCUUGGCCCUGGUUUGGUUCUGGUCUUGGUCCUGUUACUGGUCCUGGUCUUGGUCUUGGUCCUGGUCCAGGUCCUGGUUCUUGGCCCUGGUCCUGGUCUUGGUCGUGGUCAUGCUCCCGGUUCUGGUCCUAGUCUUGGUCCUGGUUCUUGGCCCUAAUCUGACCCUAGUAUGGCAUUGGUCUGGCCUUGGCUGGUCCUAGUAUGGCCCUGGCCUGGCCCUAGUUUGACUCUGGCUCAGCUAUGGUUAAGUGCCUUGGAAUGAAAAUACGUAUUUAUAUCUAGCCAAUCCAACUUCAAAAACAAUUUUUUGCCAUUUCAGGCUAGACCAAACGCUCGGGAAGCCAGGUCAAAACCUGACCGGUCGCAAGUCUCACGCCUAUUCAAUCAUCGGUCGCUUAUCUAAACUAGAAGCUCAGAUGAAUAAUAUGGACAGAAAGAUGGAUAACAUGACUCGAAUCAUGCAUGGCAUCUACCGUAGUCUGAACCAUGACCGUAUCUCAUUACGGUCAUCAACUCCAGAGCCUUAUCCUAACCCGAAUCGAUCUGAUUCGUUAUCAUUGAGUGUUAGCGAACAGUUAACACCCAACUUUCAUAGUAGCUCACAACCUAGGUUUAGAGAGUUCUCGGGGGAGUGA